AUGGCUCCUCCUCGCGGAAAAGUCGCCUUCAUUACAGGUGCCAAUGGCAUUACUGGAAACGCCAUCAUCGAGAAUCUGAUCCGCAAGCCCGAGUCCGAAUGGUCCAAGAUCAUCAUCACGUCGCGGCGAACUCCGACGCAUAACUUCUGGCAAGAUCACCGGGUCCGGUUCAUUGCUCUCGACUUCCUGAGGCCUGUUGAGGAGUUGAUCGAGAAGAUGGCACCUCUGUGUCACGAUGUCACGCAUGCAUUCUUCGCCUCCUACGUUCAUACCGCGGACUUCACCAAGCUGAGGGAGAGCAACAUCCCCUUGUUUCACAACUUUCUCGUUGCCAUUGACAUUGUCGCUGCCAGCUCUCUGCAGCGCGUCUGUCUCCAAACCGGCGGCAAAUAUUACGGUGCCCACCUUGGGCCUCGUGAAGUUCCCCUUCACGAGGAGAUGGAACGGUAUGAGGACCAUGGGGAAAACUUUUACUAUCCACAGGAAGAUUUCCUCUUCAGCUUGGCUGCCAAGCGGUCGUGGGACUGGAACAUCAUCCGCCCCAACGGCAUCAUAGGAUUCACGCCAUCAGGAAACGGCAUGUCCAUGGCGCUGACUUUGGCUCUUUACAUGCUAUGCUGCCGUGAAAUGGGACAACCCCCUGUUUUUCCAGGGAACAAGUUUUUCUACAAUUAUUGUGUCGAAGAUUCAUCUUACGCGCCCAGUAUCGCAGACAUGAGCGUGUGGGCUGUAACAACCGAGCACGCAAAGAACGAGGCGUUCAACCACGCAAACGGUGAUGUCUUUGUGUGGAAGCAUGUCUGGACAAAGAUCGGACGACACUUUGGCAUCGAGGUUCCGGAGUUCACCGAAUGGGCGGCAAAGGGAGAUGAGCUUCGCAUGGCCAACAACUUUCUCAUGACUGAGUGGUCAAAGGACAAGAAGGAGGUGUGGGCGAGAGUUGUGGCUAAGCACGGUGGUCAACUCGAGGCCUACGAUUGGGGCACUUGGGACUUCUUUGACUGGGCCGUCGGCAAGGCCUGGUGCACCAUUAGCUCUGUAUCCAAGGCUCGCAAGUUUGGGUGGCAGAGGUAUGAUGAUACCUACGACACCUAUAUUGAGGCCUUCCAGUCAUUCGAGAACGCUGGUGUUCUUCCGCGGUCGGAUAUUUGUCAAACGGCGGCCGAGUUGCGCAAGCGGUCCGCCCUUCUACCUCACCCCAGAGAUGCUGUCCUCAGCUCUCCUAAGGGCAAGCCAGAGAACGGCACAUAUGAGAAUGGUGUCAAACACAACGGUGCCCCGAACGGGCUUCAGAGCAGUGACCUUUCAUCAGAGAUGUAA